CCACGUUUACAAUCGGGGCCCAAAACUUUCAUCCGAAGUUUUUUUUUAAAAAAAAACUCGGUUCUUAAUCAUUAUCCGUGCUAGAUUUGGGAUUUGAAUUCCCAAAUCAUCAUUUAUUCAAAUAGCAGGACUUCCGAUCUCAUCUUCGCUCCCAUCAACCACCGCAUCCUUUCUCCUUCGCCGGCGGCGAGUCUAAUCUUCGUGUCCAUCCUGUUAUUCUACCGUCGCCAUGGCGACCGAGAACUGCACGUUCUCUCCGGCUUUGGAUCUACAGCUAAGAUUAGGUCUCCGCCCUUGCCGGUCCAUGAAACGCCGGCGGAUCGACGUUUCAGAAGAAGUAACCCCUCAUUCUCCGAUCAGUAAACUCGGAGACGAUGUCCUGGCAGAGGUUUUGAUUCGAGCCCCGGAACCUGGAUCCGCCUGGCGAUGCAAAGCAGUCUGCAAGCGUUGGAACUCUCUGAUCUCCGACACCCACUUCGUUCGCCGCUACGUUUCUCACCACCAACAGAGCAGCUCCAACCAAUACGGCGGCGGCGAACUCGAAGAACCGCCUUUGAUGUCCUCCAACUCCGGGGAAUCAAUUUUGAGCUUCCUCCCCCUGCCUGAUGGAUUAGCUUAUGAACCACUUUAUUUCCGAGUUUUUGAUUGCUACAAGGACUUGGUUUUGUGCGGAUUUCACGAGGGAAGUGAAAUUCGUGACGAAUUCUGCAGGUCUCUCUUCGUGUGCAAUCCGUUUACGAAGCAAUGGAUCGCCCUUCCUUUAGCGCCCGAAACCCCAUCGCCGGCAAUUGGAUUAAAAGAGGCAAGGUUAGUUUGUGAGCCCCGUAGUUGUAGUUCUAAUGUCAAACUUGAUGUGGGAGAAGGCCGACCACCAUUUGUUUUCUCCUCGGCGUAUCGGUUCCGGGUGGUGUGCAUUUAUCAAUUGAACAAGCGGAUAAGAAUAGAUGUGUUUUGUUCGGAGUCUGGAGAGUGGAUGAAGGAGCCUCUUGUUCUUGAAGGGCAUUUUAGAUGGUCUGAUAUUAAUGUAGUUUCUACAUCGUGCAACGGAGGGUUGUUUUGGUUGUGUAUGAAUUCCGGCCUUGAUUGGCUUAAUCCAUUUGUGAUUGCUGGGUUUAAUCCUUUCCGCCUCGACAUACCUCCCAUACUAUUCGAUGCUCCUCAACUCGGCGAGGGGAACUGGAACAUGUCGGUCUCGCAAGGUGCUUUACACCUGAUUUCACGUGAACCUUCAGCCAGGCCUGCAGUUUUGAGUGUUUGGAGACUGGAAGAAGACUGUAAAACCUGGAGUGUACAGCAUAAAACCUUGUUGGAAAGGACAUUAAGCAGGUACGACUAUGAACUUGAGGACUGUAAUAUAGUUUCUCUCCAUCCAGAGAAGCCGCAUAUUGCCUUCUUUGAACAUCCUGGGGUUUAUGGUCGUUUGGAUAGCGUUAUAGUGUCCUACAAUAUGAAGACGGGAGAACUAGAGUUCUUCGAUCAGUUUGUACCUAGAUUCCAGCCUAGGGUCUCUUGCUGGCCUACUCCAAUUCCAAGGUACGAGAAACUCCGAGGUAUAUAUGAUGGAAGCCAUGGCUGCUGGGUUCAACAGAGCAGCAGUGAAGCAGCAACUCUUUCCAUCAAUGAUUGUGUUCAGGGUUAAGUCCUGGACGAAAAGACGAUGAAAGGCAGAUCAGCAUCACCGACCAAGGGCUUAAGAAGCAGAAGGCGGUGAAAGGCUAGUUCGUGCUGUAAGCAUUGCGGCCCAUUGGAUGAAAAUCUCAUCUGUGAAGUGAUCAGGGUAAGAGUUCUGAUGAACUGGAGGAUCGAUCGAUCUAUAUGACUAUAUCCCAAGAUGAGGAGAGAGCAAGAGUGUCCAAUCUAGUGUCCUUACCUUCCCUUCAUUAUUAUUGCCUGCGUCAUGGUUUUAGGCGCUGCACUUUGUUUGUUUAUUUAGCCAAGUUCCUGUUCUAAUAUAAUUUAUAUGUUUAAUUGUUAUGAAAUGUAAAAAGAUCUGUGUAGUUGUACAUUGGAUUCUUCUAAAUAAUAUGUAAAGUUCUCC